AUGACCUACGAUAAACAAAACAAUGGCAGUCUCGCCAAACCAUUUACGCCCACCCUCAGCGCUGCAUUUCAUAGGAGUAACAAGUCUCCCCUGACACCAAAACUUGCAAGCCCAAGUCCAGGUGCAGGUCCAGGAUUUCCACGCCGCCUUGCACAACCCGACCACCCCUAUUCCACCCCCUCCAAGGACGACUCCCCCGCGGUCCCGACCUUUCUAAGCGCCAACGUCACUCCACGAUCUGGUCCUCGAACCACCCGGCGAGAUGGCGCUCUCUACUCCCCCACAAACACAUCACCUGCCCCCUCUCCCUCUCCACAUACACCUUACUCCCAGUCAACAAUCGGCUAUGGCCGUCGAGACCGCAGCCCGGCUCGCGGGGUCAAGCCGGAACAAUCACGAAGUUUGAGGGCAAAGACCUUGACGGCAGAGAAUCAGCCUACGUCACGUCCGAAUUCUUUCUCAGAUAUGACAUCGGGAACUCCGCUGUUCUUUCAUGCGUCCGAUGCACGAUCGUCACAUUCUGCUGAGCCGCCAGAUGCCCCUCGCCCGAGGCCACAGGGGAAGACAUCUCCAGCCUCGAGUUUCAUAUAUGCGAACGGAGACCAAGAGCGCAAAUCGCCGGGGGAACAACCGAAUGUUGCGUCCACUUCUGCCAAACGCCGAUCGGGUGGUCUCCCCCGCCCCCUGCCCGCCAGCAAACCAACACCUGCCUCCUCGCGUUUGAGUUCUCCCGGUCUUCCAGAUGUGGCUCCAAACCCCCCGGAAGAUGCGAGGCUACCGUACAUCGCCAGCGCUGAGAAUGGACUAGGGCUUAUUCCGCGUCUUGGCUCGCCGUCGUCCAGUACAAACGGCGAGAAACCACGACCGCAACAGAUCCGACAUACCAAGUCCUCAAGUGUCGACUCGGGCCGCCAUGAUAACCAUGCACAAGAUGGCUUGCGCGAAAGCCCAGUCAUCGUAUCCGGGAGCUAUUUUGGUGAAGGGACAGCGCCCGUGAUGUCGGAACAGAUACCCACCCUCCGCCCUCGCAUCUUCAGCAAUGGAUCCACUGCCUCAACUGAUACAUACCCUCCUGCACCGCUCAGCCCCGGGAAAUCCGACGGUCCGAGCGAAGCAGCUCUCAAUGCGCGUACCGAGCGCAAGAUCAUGGAUCUGGAAAUUAGCAACUCUUCACUACUAGCCAUCAACCGUACCCUAGAGCGCGAAAUGCGGCAACAGAAGGCGGAGCUUCGGCGAUUCCGGCGACUGAGCCGCUCGGGGCGGAUAUCAAUGGCACCGUCCACUCGCUCAUUCUCCGGAGCGGCACUCUCAGUAACUGGUGAGCUGGAUGAAGGCGAAAGUGAGAUUUCCAACCGGUCACAAGAUGAUAUGUCCGACAUCAGCGACGAGGAUUCAAUCGCUGAUGAAAGCGUCCUGAGUCCGGGCUCGCUGGCUGAGCAUGAUGCCAAGCACCGUGUCAAUGAUGAGAAACGCGUCAUGCUUGACUUGGCGCGACAUCAGGAGGUGCUCGUGGACAGCCAGAGGAUGAAUCAAAGCCUCAAGCGCUGCCUAGGAUGGACCGAAGAACUCAUCAAAGAAGGACAGCGGGCCCUUGAGUACAAUGUCCACGUUCAAGACGUUGAGCUGGGUGGCCGAGUCCUAGCACCUGAAGAGUUGGGGGAAAUCGGUGAGAGCGGCCGUGGUCUUUUGAGCCCUUCAACUGAAUAUAACGCCAUCUUUUCUCCUGUGGAUGCCUCCGAGUCGUCAUUUGCUGAAUCGCCAUCUAUUGGAACACUAUCUCCUAGGCCAUCUAUUUCUGCUGAUCCGAGUACAUGA